AUGUCUUUGUCUCCUCGUAAUCCGAAGCAACUGCAACAGCAACAACAACCACUGAUACAUCAACAGUUGUUGCAACAUCAAAUGUUACAGCAACAACAACAACAACAACAACAACAACAACAACAACAGCAACAGCAACAACAACAGCAACAGCAACAUCAACAGCAACAAAUAUAUCAACAACAUGCUAUGGUGACUAAGCUUUGGAAUACAUACUUACAGACUGUUGUACAUCAGGAUGCCCUGUUUGCACUGGCUGACUUUCUAAAGUUGUUCAUUGCCACACAUCAUGACACGCCAAAGCAACUCAUACCACUCAACGUCGGCUGCUCACUCACCGACAUUGUACAAACAUUGACCAAGCAGUUGGUCGAAGAGAUAAACAGUGCACUGACGACUACCACUACGACUACUACGACGACGACGACUACUACUACAAUGUCCGCGAUGAUGAUGACAGGCCUGAACAACAAUAACAACAACAACAUACAACGAACGAGAAAUAGCCCAGGAUUGGAGUUGUUACACUAUUUGAGUGGAGGCUCGGUGGCUGGCGAGGCGCCACUCUUGUUGGAGGCGCUGGACAUACUGACGCGUCAUGCCGCCGAUGGCAUGCAAGCGACCUUCACUCGACUGUUGUUGGUCAUACUCUCGCGACUGCUAUCACUACCGCUCAACACACAGUCUAUGCCGCCCACAAAGACACAUCUACACAACAUUGCCAACACAUCCAUUCCACCCUUUGCCAGUAUACACAGCUACUUCUAUCUCUCGCCAUUGCCAUAUUCAAACAUGCUCGGUGUUGGCAUGAGUGGCGUGCCCGUUGGUGGCAAUGGCGGCAACAACACACAGCAGCAAACACAGACAGCGUCGACGCGACCAUCAUCAUCACCACUCAAGAACCAGAUAACAUUCCUGCCGCCAACAUUCAAUCUAUUGGAUACCAGUCAGUUGCCGUUUGGCACGGUCGGCGACUUGACAUCGGCCAGCGGCGCCACACCGGGUGCCGGCGUGUCAGGCGGCAGCGCACUCAAUCAAGAGCAAGACAUUCGUCCGAUGUCCUCACACUCGUCCAGCUCAUCACUCUCUCAAUACAUCUCGGCCGAGCAUCUUCAGCGCCAGGCCCAAUCGCACACCGUCCACUCUGUCGAGCAGGCCAUUCUCGAUCUGCAGACUGUAAAGUCGACAACAGAGCUGUCACCCUGUGUCCACGUGUGCUACCAACUACUCAAGAUACUAAGCAAUGCUCUCAAGCAUCGUACCAUCCUCAACGAGUUCAUCAAGCAGCCUGAGAACAUCACCAUGCUCACUAACAUCUUUUACCAACUCAAUCCCGACGCGUCCUACGCGACCAUCAUCCACAGCGAGGUCGUCCGUAUCUUUGCUCAGAUCACCUCCAUCUGCAGCCAAUCAAUGGAUAAGAUCAAAGUUCUUCGAAGUCAGAGAGUAAUCGAGAGCUUGCUGACAGUUUUGAGCGAUCAAGAUAGACAGGAGAGGAAGUUAUCAUCGUCGACUAUCAUUGAGAUUACACAGGUGAUUGUUUGUUCGAUAAAGAGUGCCUCGCGACUGACACCUCUGUUGCACGAGGACUUUGACAACAAUAGUGGCUACUCGAUACUACUCAACGCCUUUAUUCACAUUGCCGACAAUGGAACACUAAGGAACAAACUGGACAUUAUCAACGUGGCCUGUAACCUACUAUUCAUCUCCCUAAAGAAGGAUGAACCUGUUAUAAUAACACCAACCAAACAAAGACAUGGACAUGGACAACAUGGACAUGGACAACAUGGACAUGGACAACAUGGUCAACAACACAGUCACAUCAAUCGAGUUCAACCCCCACAACAACAACAACAGCAACAACAACAACAGCAACAUGGUAACAUAUCAUCUAGGACAGGACUCAAGGUAUUCAACAUGUUCAUCAAUGUGUUCUCGAUCACAAAGAGUGAGGAGAUGAAGACAGAGUUGCUCAAGUGUAUAAAGGGCAUCUUCUUCUUGUUCCUCCUGGACCAGCCGAUAUUCGACGUGACUGGCGACGAUGCCAGUGGCGGCGGACGCGGCAGUGGCCUCAUCCACCAGCUCGAGCCAUUCAAGAUCUUCUUCUCUCAGUUCGACAUGCUCAACAUCUCCAACCGACGACUGAUCCUCGAGAUGAUGGACGAGCUGCUCAUGAAGAACCACAUCAAGCACUCUGAGUUCAAGCCGUACGUGCAGCUGCUCAAGAGUCGCCUGCCCACCACCGUGCUGCUCGUGUGCCAGCACAUGACGCAGCAGCUGGCCAAGUCCAAGAUCAGCGUGGACACCCUGCAAGAGUCGGGCAUCCUCGACGUGUUGAUGCACUACAUUGUCGACAACCCGCAGUCACUUGCCUUCCACGCCGCCUUUGACGAGAACAUCGAUGAGUUGGCAUACUGUCUGCAAUUGAUACCCGGUCGUCACUUCCACUCACACGCCAACAAGUUGUUUGUCCUGUAUCGCAUCGAGUCGUCGAUACUACAACUGUUGCUCCAACUAUUCUCAACGUCCAAUGAUAUACAGAGUCAGUUUGUCGAGGCUGGAGGACUCAAGCUAUUGUACCGUCUGCUCACCGAUGAGUACCUUAUCCAACCCGCUCUCCAAACCAUCUCAACCAUCGCCAUUGGUGUGCUACGGGUAGAGAACAAGAUCAUUGGCGACCUCAUAGAAGUACUCCAGAGCAAUGGUGGAUCGACCACCCUUGAGUCCAGAGUCUUAACAAUGCGCAAGAAUAUAUUAUCAGCUAUGUGCUACAUAUUCCACAACAACUAUGAGGCCAAGAACUCGUUUAUUGCAGCCGGUGGAUUCUCUUGGUGUGUGUCGAUAUUGGAUGGCAUCAGUCGAUGUGUGCAGAGCAAGAACAACAGCAGCAACAACCUGCUCAAGUACAAGUCCACCAACAACGAGGUGUUCUUCUUCCUCAAGGUGCUGAUCGACACAUUGUCAGCUGUGAUGAAGAGCAACGCCAACAACCAGAAGUACUUCCGUGAGGACAUCCAGUUCUCAACAUUGUCCAACACGCUCAGUGGCUGCGGCUACAUGGAGGGCGUGUAUUCAUCAUCUCUGUGCGACAGUCUGCUCAACAUGGCCGUGUCGGGCAGCUGGCCGCCAUCGUGCGAGCAACACCCGCUGGAGGAGGGAUCCAUCCUCUCGGUGUACGCGCCACUCUCAUCGUUCUUCUCAACAGAGAGUGUUCUGUCGCCCACUGCAUUCAAUGUAUAUAGCUUCGACAAGUCAUCCCCAACUGCUACGGCAGCACCACCAGUACCGCUGUCGAGUGGCGAGCAAUCACCAGCCUUCUCGUCCGCGUCCGACCUUACAUCAUCACCGCCUCUGCUCUCUGUAAACAGCAGCGCCAGUACAAGCAGUGGCCUCACAUCGACAUCUCACAUGGCCAACAACAGCGGCAGCAUUGAGCAUUCAUUGACGCCAACGCGACGUGGCCGUUCGUACACCAACGACUUUGACCGCAGCCAGAGUCCCCCGAUCCCAGCGCUUCAGUCACAGCCGUCGUUCAACUCUCUCGACCUGGCGACUGAGGUGCGCUUAGGCACGCAGCAGCAGCUGCCUUCCAAACUGCCCGAGAAGAGCUCGCUGGCACUGGCCAAGGAGCGCUAUGGAUGCUGCCAACAAUGUCGCGAUUCUCUCACCAUUGAGAAUCCCGAGAUCAUCAAACUGAUCAUCUUGCUCAUGGGUGGCAGCGAAGAGCACAUCGAGAAGAUGGAGACCAAGUCAUCGUGCUACAUCCUCAAGGAGAUCAUCUUCCUCAUCGAGUGUUCACUCACCAACAUGAAGCAACUCAACACUCUAACAGUCGAUGUUAUCGAGAGCUUCAAGCCCCUGCUCUCCACCAAGAGUCAAACCCUAUCCGCAUCAAUCAAGAAGAAGGAGUCACUCAAACCUUUGAUACUCGAUUUGAUACAGACUACUGCAGGACACAGCGUCAACUUGGCGGCAUUCAGGAAGUACUUUGAACUGCUGCGAGUCAAGGACUACCCUAUUGACUUGCUCAACUUGUUGGUAAAGGUCACUGGCAAGGACAUAAUACCGAUAUACUACGCGGAGCUGUCAGAGAGCUCGCUCAAAUGCAUCGACUUCCCAUCUUGGGGUGAGAAGUUGUGGCCACCCUACAAGGGCUUUGGCAUGUCUUUCUGGUUCCGCUACAAGUCGCCCGUGGUCAAGAUCAACAGGGACCCGAUCUACCUGCUGAGCAUCGAGAGCGUGUUGAUUGGCUAUCCUCAAAAGACAAUGGAGAUGCAGGUUGUACUGCAUCGAGGCGUGCUGUCAUACCGCAUCGUGGUGGGCGGCGCCAACCUGAUCGAGCAGCACACGUUCUCCGAGAUCAUGUUUGAACCCGAGUGCUUCUAUCACGUGUGUUUGACGCACACGGGCAACCAGCGCAUGGACAAGUCGCCAGUCAAGCUGUAUGUGAACGGCUGUCUUCGCAGUGAGUUUGGAAUCACAUAUCCGCGCUCCAACCUCGUCAGCCUCUACAUGCGCUUUGGUGGCAGCAAUGCCGCACAGCCAUUCAGCGACUACACCACCAACUCCAACUGGCACCUUGGCAACGCCUAUUUCUUUGAGGACCUCCCACUGGACAAGGAAAUCUUCUAUCUCUAUCUUCUUGGUCCGGAUCACUUUCGCGGUCUCAAAGUGGACCUCAACACCGUGGAGAAUGUCAAGCCCUAUAUGGACAAGAGCAACAAGCUACAUCCACUUCUCAUCGAUCAUCUCCAGAACCCGACCACAGCGCCACUGCUCAGUCUACACGAGAAGAUCUUCUCAAUCUUCACGGCCAAGUGUCUCUAUGUCACAAAGUCGCACAGGAUAAUGAACAAAUCAGAGGCCAUCACUCAUUCAUCGGCGCAGUUGGUACAGUCUGGUGACAACUCUGUGUUAUUGAAGCGUAGCGAGUCAAGGAGCUUCAGUAGUAUCACUGGCUUGGGCACAUACUCUGAUGGUGGACCAUCCCGAUCAAUGACCUCAUCAAUCAACAGCAGCAUGGGCAGUGUCGGUAGCAGCACAAGUGGAUUGGGUAGCAGCAUGUCGUCUAACGGCAUGACAUCAACCACCAGCAUGAGACGUGACUCAAUCGUCCAACAACAAACUCGCGGUUCAACAUUCAGCGAACCGAUCGCCACCACCCAGGCCUCGGUAAUGUCAUCGAUCGCCAAUGCCUACACGGGCGGCGCACUGCCCCCUGUCAAGGCCAACAAUCUCCAUCAGUUGUCAGCCAACUACCUGUCGCUGCUUCAGACCGGCCUGCCCACACCGUUGCCCUUUGGCGUGAUAUGCCAACGCGGCGUAAAGGACCUGGUGGCGGAUGUUGGAGGAGUAAGCGUCAUCAUCUACCUGAUGGCCAUCUCCAACGAGAAGGAGUAUCAGCGCGCCAGUCUCAAGCUGCUUCAAUCAGUGAUCGCACACCAUCACCACAACAGCCUGGACAUGAUCGAGAUCCAGGGCUACAAGCUGGUGAGCCACCUCAUUCGCAAGAAGAAGUGGGUGCUCGACGAGUCGCUGCUGGCCAUUAUGUUCUCAUUUGUGGGCGUGCAGCCCGCCCGUACCUCCAGCCACUUCAUCGAGGGCGUCGUGCAGAACGAGUUGGCGCUCAAGCACUUCCUGCUCGAGUGGGAUAUCUGGCGACGCGGCUCGAUGGCCGACCAGAAGAAGCUGUUCGAGUCGCUCGACAAGCUUGUGGCAGGCCUGCACCUCAAUCACAACUUCAACAUACUCAAGUUCCGCCAGGCCGGCGCCUUUGAGAAGAUCCUCAACAUAUGUCGCGAGGAUGACGUGCCACUUGAGCUCAUCCCCACGCUCAUGUCGAUCCUCCGCUCAAUCAUUCACAAGCAGCCCAAGAUCAAAGAGGACCUCCACCUCCUUAUAUGUUACCUCCUCGAGACGAGCAAGGUCAAGCAGUCAUCAUCCAACCAGCAACAUCCACGCAGGAAGCGAUCAAACAACAACAGCAUCACUCAUUCACUUCCCGACCCGGCGACCGUGACACACACCCACUCGCACGUACCAGCCAUGCCAACUCACGCUCACACGCACUCUGACACGAUCAGAGAGUCGAUCUUGACUCUGCUGUUCAACACAUUGAACGAAUCGACGGAUGUGACCGUGAUUGAGGAGUUCCACGCGAUAUGCAACCUCGAGUCGACGUUUGGCUUGCUGGUCAACGAGUCGGUGGCCAUCCGCCUGCUCUUCCUCAAGAUCAUUGGAAUCUUCUUGCACGUGCCAUCAAUCUCGGCGCUGUUCCAGCGCAUGAAGGGCUUCCAUCUGCUGGGCCACCAGCUGCUGACCUACCCGCCCACACCCGAGAUCUUUGGCGUGCUGUUUGGCGUGAUGUUUGGCAAACACUACAACAACAACAGCAACAUCGAGUCGUCACACAGCAGUGGAUCCAAAUCGAUGCAGAUGUACUUUUUGUCGCAGAUAAGUGGCGAGCGACUGGUGUUCCCGGGCAUCGUCGUGACCAUCCUCACCCUGCUCACAAACAGUGUGCCAGCCACACAGCACAUGGUCAUCAAGAUGCUGCACAAUAUCUUCCUUCAAAACGAUCUGAUCAAGCAAGUCAUGCUGGACCAGGAGCUCAUCCAACGUCUCGUGGACAUCAUGUCGAGCAACUAUGUGCGACGCAAUCAAUCAUCGAGGACAGAUCAGUUCUCGCGAUUCCAGCAGCAGGCGCAGCAGCCAGCAGCAUCCACACCCGACACCACCAAAGAGGAGUACUGGCAGGCUGAGGAGUCGAUACUGUCCCUGCUCAAAGAGAUCGCGUUGUAUGGAGUCAACUCACUCGAUGGCCAAACGACUCUGCGCGAUAUACUCGUGGUGCUACACCUCAAUACGCGAAUGGACUUUGACUACAUUUGUUGUCUACAGCGCAAGGUCAUCCAGGACGUGAUGGCAUUCUUCAAUGACAACAACUUCAACUCGAUCGAGACCCUCGUGUCCUCGUUCGAGAAGGUGUGCGUGCUGGCCAUCAACACGCUCUGCUAUCAAGACAAGAACAUCAUCUCGACAAAGAAGGGCGUCUACAAGUUCCCCCCGCCUGACCCCUCCGCCGCCCCGGCGCCCACCUCACCCACGCAGUCGUCGUCAUCACACGGCCAACUUAAACUGAGCACCAGCGACGUAGAGCCGCCAAACUCACCUGAGCCCAACAGCGACACCACCGUGGGCCACUCAUCGUCCAACGACGAAGCUUCAGAGGAGUCUGACAAUAAUGAGGCCAAGAGUGCGAAUGCAGUAGCCAAAUCAUACAUCCCCGAGUGGAUACAGGAGGGCAACUUGUUUAGCAACGAGUCAUUCAUCAGCACACUGAUCAGAGUGCUGUCCACCAACAAGAUACCUCAGUACUAUCAAUACUACCGCAUGUUCUACUAUCAAUACUCUGCCCGCACCAUGCUAGGCAAGCUGUUGUACACCCUGCUCACGUCGCCACAGUUUGCCGACUGCCACUUCAUCACAGUCUCUGUUCUGAUUGGCGUAGAGAGCAACUCUGGAGGCCAGUCCACGCAGCUGCCCCCACCCAUCAGCAAGCUGUUGUCCGAGGACGACGACUUUGUGCCCUCGCUGCUACACCUCACACAGAAGUUCUUGAACUCUGGACGCGAGGACUCGCCGCUGUUCAAGGCCACACUCAAGUUGUGGAGCAUGGUGUACCAGGGCUCCAGCCCAGAGGUACAGAAGCGUGUGUUUGAUUGCCAGAACUGGGCGACGACGGACCCUCGCGAGAUAUACGGCCGCUUCCAGACCAACUACGCCGAGGCCGAGUUCCGCAAGUGGGAGGAGCGCAACAAUCAACAGAAGAAGGAGUGGAUGCUCCAGUACUUGGAGACACAGAAGAACAAGCAGUCGACCAUCGCCAAGAACCAGGACAUCACGCGAGCCACCAAGCGAUUGACCGAGGCGCUCGUCCAGCUCAAGUCACACUUUGAGAUGUCUGCGCUACAGUACCAGAGUCGCAACAAGGAGUCCAAGCAAUUCUUCCACACACAGUGGAAGGAGUUGAUCAAGAAGGUCACGCACGAGAUGGCCAUCUGGGGUGUAUCGCCCUCGAACAAAUGGCGACUUGACCCAACCGAGGGCGUGAACCGCAUUCGAGUCAGAAUGAAGCGUAUCACACCCAGGUCCGAGAAGACCCAUCUCGCAAUCCCCUCAGAGUUGACAUCGCCUAUCAUCACAUCGACUCCCACCACGACAACGACAGCAUCAACGACGACAACGACGACCACAACGCGAACCAAGUAUGAUGAGUCGGGUCACGAGAUACCAUGGUCAAUGAGCAACUCGCACAGUUCAGUCGAGUCAUACUCUUUCGACAACCUCAAGUCUGGCGAGAAGCUCAACAUAUGCUUCCCAUGCUCUUGCAUAUCACCCUCGACGCAACGAGAUGGCGAGCUACUCAUUGGCGAGCUGAACAUAUACUUCAAGGACGAGCAGUUGAUGGCCAAGUCUGGCAGCGGCAACGGCACCAAUAGCCACGGCCACAGCAACGGCAUCACUAGCACCAGCAACAGCAACAAGUCAAAGAAGGCAGCGUCCAAGUGCAAGCACAUUACAAUGUCCUACGAGGACAUUAUCGAGAUACAUAAGCGUCGUCAUGUCCUAAAGAACAGCGCGAUAGAGAUAUUCUUGGGAAGCGGCGUGCCACACAAGGCCUACUUGUUCGCCUUCAACAAUCAGACGGAGCGCGAUGCCGUCUACGAUCAGAUCCUCACCAAGCCACUUCCCAACAGGAUCGACUACGCGGCAGAAGUACAGGGCAACAUACUCAAGAUGUCGAUCACCAAGAAGUGGCAGCAUGGCCUCAUCACCAACUUUGAAUACUUAAUGCAUUUGAACACGCUGGCCGGUCGCACAUUCAACGACCUGACCCAGUACCCCAUCUUCCCCUUCAUCCUCAAGGACUACGAGUCGGAGGAGCUCGACUUGGACAACCCUGAGGCGUUCCGCGACCUCACCCGACCAAUGGGCGCGCAAGACCCCCAGCGCCUCAAGAAGUUUGUCGAGAAGUUUGAAUACCUGCGCGAGACCAACGAGACGCCCUAUCACUACGGCUCGCAUUACUCCAACAUUGGAUCGGUGCUGCACUUCCUGGUGCGCCUUCAGCCCUUCUCUUCGUUCUUCAUCGAGUUCCAGGGCGGCCGCUUCGACGUGCCAGACCGUGCCUUCCACUCGAUCCUGCAGUCAUGGCGUCUGUCCUCGUCCAUUUCGAGCAGUGAUGUAAAGGAGCUCAUCCCCGAGUUCUUCUACCUCUCCGAGUUCCUGUACAACGCCAACCAGUUCAACAUGGGCAUCAAGCAGGAUGGCAUCCGCGUGGACGACGUCGUCCUGCCCCCGUGGGCCAAAGGCAACCCGCGCCUCUUUAUCAAGAAGCAUCGCGAGGCGCUCGAGUCCAAGUUCGUUUCGGAGAAUCUCAGUCACUGGAUCGACCUGAUGUUUGGCUACAAGCAGCAGGGAGAGGCCGCCGUCAAGGCCUACAACAUGUUCUACCCGCUGACCUAUGAAGGCGCCGUGGACAUUGACACGAUUGAGGAUCAGCUCACACGUGAUGCCACUAUCGCUCAGAUACACAGCUACGGUCAGACACCCAAACAACUGUUCACCAAGCCACAUCCAAAGAAGACUUGGAAGAAGGCCACUCGCGUGCUCCAAGACGCCAUCUACACCAACCCACACAAGCUAUCUCCAUUCCCAAUGUGGACCAUCAGGAAUCCCGUCGGAUUCAUUGGACUCUCUGGCGACACUCCCAUCCCUCUCUCACAACAAAAGAUACUCUUCUACCCAGACACGAACAGGUACGUCUCAUGGGGACACUGGGAUCAGAACCUCAGGAUAUGUUCGAUUGACAAUGGCAGAGUGAUCUCGCUGGUGGAGGUGAUCAACGAUGAUAUUAUAUGUUGCGACAUCUCAAAGAAUGGACGAUUGUUUGUCACUGGUGGCACAUCUGGCACGGUCAAGGUCUGGAAGCGAUGCACCAACGACGGUGCACUGAUGACGAGAAAGGAGCGUGGCGAGAAUCUCUCGCUCUGGUCCCAGCUCUAUGGCCACACUAACUCAAUCCUCUGUGUGACGGUCAGCCAGGAGUUCAGCACGAUCAUCUCUGGCUCCAAGGAUCACAGCUGCAUCGUUUGGGAUCUCAAUCGUCUGUCCUAUAUCAUGAACCUUCCCCAUGAUAACCCAGUGACAUGCGUGCAGGUCUCUCCAACGACCAAUUGCAUGGCCACGGUCGAGACCUCGAUCACGGGCGACGUCGUUGCUCUUCGUCUCUGGUCGCCCAAGGGUGCCCUCCUUGCCAAACAAGAGGUGAUCAACGAUCGCAUCACAUGCAUGCUCUUCACGACUGGACCCGAGGGAGUGGUCACCAAUCUCAUCAUCACUGGCAUGGAGUCGGGCAAGAUCAUACUCUGGGAUGCUUACGACCUCAAGAAGGUCAAGACCUACAAGACCAAGGCACCAGUGACAGCACUGACCAUGAGCAGAGAUCAUACCCAACUGGUCGUUGGUGAUGCGAAUGGCACAUUGGAGUGCUGGAGCUCCAAGGCAUUCGAUGGCUAUGCUGCCAUUGUUGGAUAG